AUGGAUUCACCAGAGAAGACUAUCCAGGCCGAAAAGCCCAAUUCGAGCCAUGUCGAGGCCUCAUCCGAACCCCUUCCUGCGAAGUUCGAGAAUCAUCAGCUUGCCGAAAUUACAGCGAAAGAGCAAUUGCGUCAACUUUGGGCCGCGAUCCGCUCUGAGAAGCGAUUUUGUUGGUGGACGCUAUAUACGAUGCUUCUUGUGUUCAGCUGGGGCUAUGAUUCCGGCCUCUCUGGCAUUGCCAUUGCAUUCCCAGAAUUCCGCAAAGCGUACGGCAAUUACUAUGCUGCUGGCGAUGAGUACGUCAUUCCAGCUCUAUGGCAGUCUCUCUGGAAUGCAGCAUCUACAAUCGGUCAAGUCUUCGGAGGCUAUGCCGCAGGGCAGUUUGCCGACUUCUGUGGUCGAAAGGUGCUUCUCUACCUAGCUGUCGUCAUCUCGCUGGCCUCGUCGUUCGCCUUGGUUUUUGCUCCCAGCUUACCCAUACUGUUCGUUUCGAAACUUCUUCUUGGAUUGUCGGUCGGCCUUUCAACAGUGCUUCCUCCGCUGUAUGUCACCGAGAAUGCACCCAAGAACCUGCGCAGCACGGCCUCAUCUCUCACCAACGUCGUCAUUGUCUUCGGUCAGUUUUGCUCCUCGAUCACCGGAUACGGAGCAUCGAGUAUUCAAGGAGUGUGGUCAUUCAAGCUUGCCUUUGUCAUGACUUUUGUCCUUCCUGGAUUAUAUCUCUGCGGCCUCCCGUUUCUUCCCGAGAGCCCGGUCUGGUACAUGAAAAAGGGCAGGGAGGAGGAUGCACGCAAGGCAAUCCUUAAACUUUAUGGUUCCGACUCCAAUAUUGAUGCAUGCAUCGAAACAAUCAAGCUUGAGCUCCGCCAGAUCGAAAAUGAGGAAUCGACUGCCAGUCAGACAAACUGGAAGAGCAUUUUCUCCAAAGAGCAUCGAUCUCGCACACUUGUUGCCGUUCUUGGCCUCCAGUCCCAGAAUUUCUCCGGUGGUUAUUUCGCCAACACUUAUCAGACAUAUUACUUUCAAUUAAUUGGGCAAGCCGACUCUUUCCAAUUGACUGCGAUCUCGUCGUCACUACAACUGCUCUCCAAUUUUGCGGCUGUUUGCUUUUCAGAUGUCAUCCCACGCAGAAAAGGACUCAUCGGUGGCGGUACAUUCCUCAUGUUCUGGUCAGUGAUCAUUGCUGGUGUAUCUAUGGCUCCAGUCUCGAAUACUUCUGCCAACAUCGCCCUUCUCGCCUUUAUGAUCACAUGGUCUAUGCUUUAUACAGCGACAGUGGGAUGCUACGGAUGGGCUAUCGCACAGGAAACUGCAGCACAAGCAACUCGUCCCAAGACAAUCUCCUUCGUGUUAAUCUGUCAACAGCUCACGGCACUGCUGUUGUCAUCAGUGUUCCCGUAUUUUAUCAACCCUGAUGAGCUGAACUGGGGUGGCAAGGUCAUGUUCUUGUUCGUUGGUGCUGAAUUGAUCAUCAUGACUGGUCUUUAUUUCUUCCAGCCUGAGACCAAGAACAGAUCAUUCGCAGAUAUCGAUCUGCUGUAUGCGAAUAAGGUCUCUCCGCGGAAAUUUGGCGACUUUGUGGUUGUUGAUGGUCAGGUCAUCGAAGCUCCGCAGCAGACCAGCAUUUUUAAACGACUUGGGUUUAAGAACAAGCAUGUUGGAGGAGGUGUGUGCUAG